AUGAUGCGUAAGUUCAGUGUGGCUGCCGAUUUCUUCACACCACCGGAAACAAGACAUCCAGAUUCAGGCGCUACGACGCUCAAUCAAAAUAUGCUUGGCUAUCAGCCAAUACCAAUGGAUAGCAUGGACAACACGCAGUGGUCGAAACCAUCGUUUCAGCAUCCUGCUGCAGUAACACAGCAGACGCUCAAUCAAAAUAUGCUUGGCUAUCAGCCAAUGCCAAUGGAUGGCAUGGACAACACGCAAUGGACGAAACCAUCGUUUCAGCAUCCUGCUGCAGUAACACAGCAGGUAGGCAUUGUUUAA